GAAGGGGAGGGGAAUGAGAAGGCGCAUGCGUAAUGAUGUUAGAUGGCAACAGAAAAAUGGCGGCCAGCUUUGCGACAGGCGGCCAAAGCCCGACUUCUGUUUCCAGAACUCUGGAGAGGGUCUUUGAAGAUGCUCAAUAUUCGGGAGAAGUGUUACUAUGCGGACGGAACCUUAAGGAAUAUCCAAAGUUUGCCUCUAAAUACGACCUGGCGGACACAGUAUAUGCAGACAUUUCAAAAAAUCGUUUCACAGAAAUUCCAGAAGAAAUUGGAGAGUAUGCGUCAUUAGAAAGAUUAAAUUGUUACCAUAAUUUGAUCCGGUCUAUUCCAGAAAAUGUGGGCCAUUUACAAGUAUUAACACAUCUCAAUUUGAGUCGAAACCAACUAACCAUGUUACCAGCAUUUCUUUGUCAACUACCUAUGUUGGAGGUUUUAUUGGCAAAUAACAACAAAUUAGUUUCUCUGCCCCCAGAAAUUUGCAAAUUAGAACGAUUAAUGGAUUUGGAUGUUAGCUGCAAUGAAAUUUCUCGUUUACCAAUUGAAAUAGGAAAGUUGCCUCUACUUCGGAGAUUAAAUGUUAGAAAAAAUUUAUUAGUAGAAAUACCUCCAGAAAUAUCGCAAUUGGAAUUACGAAGAAUAGAUUUUUCUGCCAAUAAGAUAUCAUCAAUUCCAAUAGUUUUUCGGUCAAUGAAUACGUUAGAGGAAAUGAUUCUGGAUCACAAUCCUUUAACGACACCUCCAGCACAUGUUUGUACAAAGGGAAAAGCCCAUGUCAUGAAGUUCUUACAGAAGGUAGCUGACCGGAACAAAGCACUUCUCAAUGACAACGAAAUGAAGUGGAACUGUAGGAAAUCCUUCCCUCAGCCUGCUGCACCCACAGAAGAAUUUACUAAUUUGUCACCAGAACAGCGCUGGAAACGACACAUGCUCAGUAGUGAUUCUGGCUAUAUCGAUGGUAGCGACAAGAGUAACUGGUCCUUACUUGAGGUAAAUAAGCUGUCCCCUCCAGCAUGGCCUGAAUGUGUGUCUGCUACCCCGUUGGCUCCUUGUUACGAAUACAUUAUGAGGAAACUUGGCAACAACACCAACAACCAUCACCACCACCUUCAACAAUCAACUCGACUCUAUGACAAUAGAAUAGAGGUGGUAAAUGACUUGGAUGAAGCUAACUGCUUGGCUUUAAAAGCUGCCGAGGCUGCUAAAGAACAACGCCAGGGCAGAGAUGAGGAGCUGCAGCCAAAAGAACCCCCACGUGAGAUCCCUAAAGAGGCUGCAGUCAACUCUGAGCCCAAGACAUCUUCUCUAAUAAACAUGGAGGAUACAUUCACAAGGAGAAGCCCUUAUAAUGGCCACAAGCAAGGGAUUGAAGAUCCUGGCCAGGAACUUCAGCGGCAGAAAUCUAAUUAUGAGCGGCAGAAGAAGCAUGCAGUGCACCUUCGGAUGCAGCAGGAAGAGGCUGAACGAGAGCUAAAGCAACCAAAGAGUUUAGACAGCCAGCGAGAGGAGAUGCGGCGGUUGAACAUGGUUGUCAAAGAGAAGCAAGACCAGGAGAUGAUACGACAGCGUCUGCAAGGGGACCAGGAGGAAGGAAAGGUGGAGAGCCAGCCGCUGCCAGAUGCAGUGCAACAACAACAGUUGGCAGAAAUGCAGAAAUCUGAAGAACUGAGAAAGAUUGAACCUGUCAGUCGAGUGCCGCUUCAGGAGAAAGAGAAAGCGACAGUGAAGAGAGACAAAACAGAGGAGACACUGAAGACCAAAGUGGACAAUAAAAUCAAUAAAGAAAGACUGAAGAAGAAUGCUGUAGAUAAUUGCCUCAGCUUUCUGCCUCUCGCUGACUCCUAUGACAAUUGUUCUGAAAAUGACUACGAAAGCAUGGACACGUCCGCCGGCAUGCUUUAUAGCAACAGAAAAUACGGCUUAGGAACACGUGCUGUGAAAGAUGAGAAGAAGACCACAAUCACUACAACCUCAUCAACUAGUCAAUACCGAAGAAUUGGAUCUGCAGAACCAAGCAAAAUCAAAAAACAGACCUCGGACUCGGCAUCAGCUUCGAAUCAUCUUCAGAAAAAUGGUGUUCCUGAUGAAAAUAUGAACCCGUCUCCUGCUUCAUCAAACGCCCCCAGUCGCAGUUCUUCAACCAGCUCCAUACACAGCAGCACCAAUGACAAAACAGUUAGCAAAACUCUGUCCGGCAGCCGUCUACGGUUAGACAAGAGCGCAACCUCUACGCCUUCAGCUUCUUCAAAUGUAGUCCGCCGUACGAAACCAGGAGAGAAGUCUGGCAGCAGCCAGGUGUCGAGCACCAAUUCCAAAAUCGCUGUGACGACUUCAAGUCGGUUACAUAUGUCAGGAACCAAAUCAAACCAUGUAACGCCGGAAGAGGAGUUUAGACUAAAGCACGAAGCCUUGAUGAACCAACAGAAGCACGAGUCACAAAUCUUGAAGCAGCAACUCGAAGAGCAACGGACAAAAACUGCUUCAAAGGACUUGGUAGGCAUGACAAAGCGAUCUCCUGGAGAUUCUUCUAUCAGUUACAGUAGCAGUACAGCAGGGACUAAAACGGCUACGAAAACAGGAAAGUCUCUCGGAAGCGGCAACAAAAUCACUCCUACUGGCAACCGAAGAACCACAAAGCUAGGGCUUUCAUCAUCAUCUCCUUCAUCUGCAGCACCCCCUCCUCCUCAUCAAAACGACAAAGGCCUUAAUCGAAAAAUUGUAUUGUCAGCGAAUGCGCUGAAAUUACUUGAGGACUUGAAAGACAGUGACCCAAACUUUACAAUUCGAAGGCACCAUGAUCAGGCUCGAGGAGAAAUUCAACAAGUUGAAAGUUUACGGAAUACUAUCCAAGCCCGAUUAAAGGUGACGUUACCAGACAAUUUACCUGAGGCAUUAAGGGAUGGAGUUGUACUUUGUCACUUAGUCAAUCAGAUUCGUCCGAGAGCUGUAGCCACCAUUCAUGUACCUUCCCCAGCAGUACCUCAACUCACGAUGGCAAAGUGUCGCAGGAAUGUGGAGCAUUUCUUAGAAGCUUGCCGGAAAAUCGGUGUUGACCAGGCUCACCUUUGUGCAUGCGAUGACAUAGUGGAGAUGUUACGACCUGCACGAGUCGCUUUCACUGUUGAGCAGUUGAUGUGCUUUCCUCGACUAACAGCUAAAGACUAUCUUGUUACCUACUUCUGUGCAAUCAUUUUACUUUCCAACUUCCUGCUUCUCUGGAUAUUUCCACCAUCAUGAAAAGGAAUGCUUUGCAUGGUGGACGCUACUACUUACUAACCAUUGCUAUUCCUUCCCCUCCUAAACAAGAAAAAAAAAUAAAACAAGCGUAAGAAGAAGAAACAACAAAAAAACAAAAACAAAGGAUAUUUUAUCCUAACCAUAAUAAUAUACUUUCAUUAUUAAAUUGCAAUUGAUGAUGAUGAUGAUGAUGAUGAUGAUGAUGAUGAUUAUAAUGAUGGUUCAAAGAAUAACAUUCAGACCAAUGAAAAAGUUUAAAAAGAAAAAGAAAACAAAAACAGAAGAAAACUCUCCAGAAAAUGACAAUUUUUCUUUUUCCAAACUUUGAAAAAAAAAAAAAAAAAAAGAAAAAAAAGAAACAAAAAAAGAAGAGAAAAUGGUAAAAAUUGUGAAGACCCUAAAAUGGUGGAAACAAGUUAUGUGAAGAAUGAAGCCAUCGUUUCCGUUACGUGGUCAGUGAUUGUCCAUUUUUCUGUUGUGGUUUACCUUGUGACUUUGUGGACGUGACUUCAACACCAAUGAUGGACGCUCAUUGAGAAUGGUUACCCAUGACUGAAUUCAGUUUUGGUGACCACAUUGCGACAUAACCCUACAUUGCACCGACAGUGGACCAAAAAGAUUGGUAGCAGAACAGACAUUCUUCCUUGAGGCAGUUUUUCAUGGAACCAGUGCCUCUUCUAACCUGACAAAAAUCUACACUUCUCUUUCUGUUGCUGCUGCUGCUACUACUACUACUACCACCAAUACUACUACCAAUAUUACUACCACUACUACUACUACUAUCAUCAUCAAUGCAAAAACUAAACAAAUAUUCACCCACCAUGAUGAGGAUGAUAAUAAUGAUUAUAUUAAUUCUUGGAUGUUGCCGAGUCAGUCAUUCGCUCCUAUUAUUCAACUAACUUUUCCACUGUUGUGUUGCCAUGGGGCCAACACUGUGCCAUGCCACCACAAGAACAUGCGACACCUCCCAUGACCCCUAACCCAAGCCCAAACAAUCCUUGUUUUGUCCAGCUUUUUUUAAUUUUUUUUUUGUUUGUUUGGUUGGUGAAAAAAAGAAAAGAAAAAAAAUGAAAAGAAAUAAACAGAUGAAAACAUAAACGGUGAUGACUAAUUCAGAAGCUGGAAGACGAAACCCCCCACCCCCGCUUUUUUUUUUUAUCUCCCUUCUAACCCUAACCACCCCUAAUAUUGAACAUUAACUACAAAAGAAAACAACUCCCUGCUCUCCACAAUUAACUUGCUUCAUCCUUUUGUUUGUUUCUCCAUUAAAAAAAAAAAAACAACCAACCAACCACACACACACACACACACACACACAAAUGUGUAUUCAUGUUUCAAUAGACUGCUAACAAAGGGAGAGAACCAGGCUUUUAAAAUUUUUUUCCUUUUGGCUGUGAUUUUUGGUUUGCCAGCAUCAAAUGAUAAUUUUUUUUUUUUGUAUCCUCCCUAUCUAUUUUCUGUCCAUCAGUCUUAUACUUUCUCUCCUUCUGUCUCUCUCUUUCUCCCUAUUUAAGCUUAAGCAUCUGCUCUUGCCUGUUGUCUUUUUCUUUCUUUUUCUCCUCUACACAACACCAACCACACACACACACACACAUGUUGUUACAUAAAUAAGGUUAACAGAAUUGGAUGUAAUUUAAGCCAAGAUUUUGUUGAGCCAAACAUCAGGUCGGCUACAUAUCAGGGGAACAAUGUGUUGACUGAAACCUUGGUUUCGAUAUGUAAUCCCGUUAACUUUCCACAGAAGAAACACACAUCACACUCCACAUUCCCAUCUGAAGAACUGAUUGAAUCCUUUUAUGUUGUUACAUCUCAAAAUAGACAAAAAAUAUCACACACACACACGUACAAAAUACUUAUCUCUACUAAAACUAUGGAAUGGCAUGUAUCUUGACCAAAUUGAAUGCAAAAUGUCCUGCUCUGUCCAAUCUUCUUUUCAACUAACCUCACUGCUCAACCGGUUCCCAACAAUGGAUAAUAAUGCAAUUGAGACUGAACUUGUCAAUAUUUUCAAAUUACAAAUUUUAAAG